GAAAACAUUACUGUUAAUUUUAAUACCAAAUAUUUGAGUUUUGUUUCAAGAUCCAAUGCUACUAUUAAGACAUGGCACUAAUAAGUUUCUACCUUCUCUUUUUUUUGUCAAAAAUUGUUUCAGCAACUGAUACCAUAACUCAGUCACAGUCUCUCACUGAAAACCAAACAUUGGUUUCCAAGAAUGAAAACUUCCAAUUGGGUUUCUUCACUCUUCCCCAAAACUCUAGCAACCGUUAUCUUGGGAUUUGGUACAACAAGAUACCGGUUCAAACCGUUGUAUGGCUCGCAAACCGAGAAAAACCAGUCACAAAAGAAAUACCUGCAGUCUUGAUGAUAAACAAAACACAGAAUAAUAAUGACACACUUAUCCUCCAUCAGAAUUACUCUGUUCUAUGGUCUAUAACUCCUUCUAGAAGAGCUCGAAAUAUGGUUCUUCAGCUAUUGGAUUCUGGAAACCUUGUUCUGAGAGAAAAAAAUGAUGAAAAUGAAGAGAAUUAUCUAUGGCAGAGUUUUGAUUACCCUUGUGAUACACUCUUGCCAGGGAUGAAGCUUGGCAAGGAUUUAAGGACUGAGUUCGAUAGGCGAGUAACCGCGUGGAAGAACGAGUAUGAUCCUUCAAUUGGAAAUUUGUCUUGGGGAAUGGAUGUUACCAAUUGGCCUCAACAGAUGCAGAGAGUAGGAUCAAUGAAGCAGUACAACAGAGGUUCUUGGAAUGGAAUUGACUACACUGGCAGACCUACCAUAAGGCCUAGUCCGGUUUUCGAGUUCAAGUACUUUGCCGAUGACGAACAAGUCUACUUCAUGUUUAGCCUUGUGAAUAGCUCUGUCAAAGCUAGGAUGGUUCUGAACCAGAGCAGUUAUAAGCUCCUGCAUUUGGCGUGGGACGAGGCGGCACGAGAGUGGAAUGUUUAUGGCUUGUUACCAAGAGAUUUUUGUGAUGAUUAUGGUGCUUGUGGUCCUAAUGGUAAUUGUGAUGUUAGCAAGUUACCAUAUGCUUGUGAUUGUUUGAGAGGGUUUAGGCCUAAGUCAUCAAGAGAUUGGAAGGCAAUGAACUACCAAGGAGGUUGCUUGCGCGACAAGCCACUGAAUUGCGAAAGCGAUGGAUUUAUUAAGUAUGGGAAGAUGAAAGUGCCUGAUACUGAGAAUUGUUGGUACUUGAAUCAGAGCAAGAACUUGGAGGAGUGCAGAGAUACAUGCUUGAGGAAUUGUUCUUGUAUGGCUUAUACGAAUUCGGAUAUUCGAGGAGAAGGCAAUGGCUGUGCUUUGUGGUUUGGUGAUCUUAAUGACUUGAGGGUUCAACCAAAUGCAGGGCAAGACCUAUAUGUUAGAGUGCCAGCUUCAGAAUUAGAUACAAACAAUGGAGACAGGAUGAAGAUAGGAUUUGCAGUUGGGGGCACUAUUACAAUAUUAAGUGGAUUACUGUUAGUUCUUUAUUUCAUAUUCAUAAGAGGAAGGAGUGCAACAAUGAAAAAGUGCGCAUCAGUAGCAGAUCAUUUAAAGGAAGAACAGGAAGAGGAUUUGGAGCUUCCUUUGUUUGACCUAUCUAGUAUAGUUAGUGCUACUGACAACUUUUCAAUCAACAAUAAGCUUGGAGAAGGAGGUUUUGGACCAGUAUACAAGGGAACAUUGGAAAAUGGAGAAGAAAUUGCUGUCAAGAGACUUUCUAGAGGCUCCAAACAAGGUGUCAAGGAAUUUAAGACUGAAGUUGCGUUAAUAGCUAAACUUCAACACCGUAAUCUUGUAAAGCUUUAUGGAUCUUGCAUUCAAGACCAAGAGAAAUUGCUUAUAUAUGAAUAUAUGCCUAACAAAAGCUUAGAUUUGUUCAUAUUUGAUCAAACCCAACGGAUGCUGAUGGAUUGGUCUAAGCGAUUUCACAUCAUUUGCGGAAUCGCUAAGGGUCUUCUUUAUCUUCAUCAAGAUUCAAGACUCAUAAUUAUUCAUAGAGAUCUUAAGACGAGCAACAUAUUGUUGGAUAGUGAGAUGAAUCCUAAGAUAUCAGACUUCGGCUUGGCUAGAAUUUUAGAGGUGGACCAAACCUCAAAAACUUCGCGCGUUGUUGGAACUUAUGGAUAUAUGGCACCAGAAUAUGCAUUAGAUGGAAACUUUUCGGUAAAAUCAGAUGUCUAUAGUUUUGGUAUUCUAUUGCUAGAGAUAAUAACUGGAAAGAAAAAUAAAGGAAAUCAUCGCCAGAAAGACGGUACAAACCUUAUUGAAUAUGCAUGGAAUUUCUGGACAGAAGGGAGGCCCUUAGAAUUGAUUGAUGAAUAUAUGAUAGACUAUUGCAAUAUUUCUGAAGCAUUGCGAUGCAUCCAAAUUGGUCUUUUGUGCGUGCAACAAAAUCCACAUGAUAGACCAACCAUAUCAUUUGUGGUUAUGAUGUUAGGUAGUGAAAUUCAGUUGCCUCUUCCAAAAGAACCAGCUCUUUUUGUUGGAAAGUAUUCAUGUCAGGAAUAUUCUUCUUCAUGUAUAAAUGAUGCACCUUCUGUUAAUGAGUUAAGUAUCUCAGAUUUAGAAGCUCGUUAGGAAUCAACACUCAAUUACAACGUGUGUAACAAAAUAUUCUAUGGAAAAUGGCAUGAUC